GAAAAAACUGAACAGGGGUUGAAACUGAAACAGGGUAAGACUCGUAAAAGCAGUGCAGUUUCUCCUUCAUUCUCUCAGUUUCCUGUUUAAGGAGGCCAUUUUGUAACUCAGCCUGGAGGAGAGCACAACAAAGUUUGGCAUUGUUUUUGUGUUUUUGUUUUUUUUUUCUCUCUCUCUCUCACACGACUGGAGGUUUGGACUUUCUCCUCUGCAGAGCGAAGUCUUUGGACAAAAGAGGGAAGAAGGCAGAGGUGGGAUCGCGGCAGGGAAGAUAGUUGUUUCUUCUCUCUGUGUACUUUUUUUUUCUUUUUGACAGUGUGAGUUUCUCACACGCGGUGCUCAUGCUUCACAUGCCUGGACUUUAAAAGAAUUCAUACGACGAGAGAAGUGUCAGAGAUUAGGAGGAGAAACUCUUCUUCCUGGGUUUAGGAUUUCCUCCUUGAUCCACUGGGAGCGGGUGGAUUCGGGACUCAGAGGAGCCGGGUAUGCGAGUGCCCACGCCGGACUCCUCCUCGAGACCCUUUGAAUGAGCCUGGCUUCCCUCAGAGCUCCACACUGCGCCUGUGUUUGUUGCUCUCGCGGUCAGCGGACUCUGAAUGGCGAACGCCAGCCCCUGCAUGUCCUCGGGGCCCAUGGCCCAGGUGUUCUUCCCCCCCGGGGGCCCCUCAUCACCUGCCUCUGCUGUGAUGCAGCAGGGCGCCCCCAUAGCCAUGCCCUCGGUGCCCGCUCACGGCGGCUUCCCCUUGAUGGACCUGACUGCGGUGCAGGGAGCCGGAGGGGUCAUGAUGCUUUCACUGCCUCCCACGCCGGCGGGGAUCUCCUUCAUCAUCCAGAUCGGCCUGACCAGGGAGUCUGUCCUCAUGCCCCAGAGUGCGGACCUGGCCUACGUCAAGCAAAUCGCCUGCUCUAUUGUUGACACCAAGUUUCCGGAGUGUGGCUUUUAUGGAAUCUAUGACAAGAUUUUGCUGUUCAAGCAUGACACUUCAACCAACAAUAUCCUUCAGCUGGUUAAAGCAGCCAGCGACAUUCAGGAGGGAGAUCUGGUGGAGGUGGUGCUCUCCGCGGCAGCCACUUUUGAAGAUUUCCAGAUUCGGCCCCACGCGCUCAAUGUACACUCCUACCGAGCGCCGGCCUUCUGCGAUCACUGCGGGGAGAUGCUGUUUGGGCUGGUGAGGCAGGGGCUCAAAUGUGACGGGUGUGGACUGAACUACCACAAACGAUGUGCCUUCAGCAUCCCUAACAACUGCAGUGGGGCUCGCAAGCGGCGCCUGUCCACCACCUCCCUCAGCAGCAGCCAGUCCCUGCGCCUCUCCACCACCGACUCGGUGUCCACCUGCGCGGAGGACGCCAGCCUCACACGCUCAAACACUCAGAUGCCACGCACCCCCAGCGACGCCCGGCGCUUCUACACGGGUCGACCGGUUCACCUUGACAAGAUCCUGAUGAGCAAAGUGAAGGUGCCCCACACGUUUGCAGUCCACUCGUACACGCGGCCGACGGUGUGUCAGUACUGCAAGAGGCUGCUCAGAGGCCUGUUCAGGCAGGGUCUGCAGUGCAAAGACUGUAAGUUCAACUGCCAUAAACGCUGCGCGUACAAGGUUCCUAAUGACUGCCUUGGAGAGACUUUCGAAAACAAGGCGAACAGUGACCUGUUGAGUCCCAGCGCAGACCCUGAAGUACCCAUGGACUACAGCAGCGAGUAUGACACCUCAGACAAAUCCUCGAUGGACGACUCAGACGAGGCCUGCAGCAUCCCUGGCUCCUUUUCUCCCGACAAUAACCAGGAUGGAGCCAGCGGAGACCAAAGUGUUUACAUCCCAUUGAUGAGAGUGGUACAGUCGGUGCGGCAGACGACCCGUCGAUCCAGCACAGCGAUCAAGGAAGGAUGGAUGGUUCACUACAGCAACACGGACACACUGAGAAAGAGGCACUACUGGCGUCUGGACUGCAAGUGCAUCAUCCUCUUCCAGAAUAACACCUCCAACAAGUACUACAAGGAAAUCCCCCUCUCUGAGAUCCUGGAGUUGCGUCCUGCUAGUGAUUUCACUCUUGUUCCCCAAGGCACCAAUCCCCACUGCUUCGAGUUCGUCACAGCCCGCAUGCGCUACUUCGUGGGGGAAGACCCCAAUACCCUCCCCUCUCUGGCCUCCAGCAACCCUCAGAUCGUCCCCCAGACUCCCCCCUCGCCAACACAGGUGGCUCCCAACAGUGGCAUCGGCCGGGAGGUGGCCAAGGCGUGGGAGAGCGCCAUCCGGCAGGCCCUCAUGCCGGUCAUCUUCCAGGACGCUCCGCCGGCUGAGGGGAACACGCCUCACAGACAAGCAUCCAUCAGCAUAUCUGUGUCCAACAGUGAAAUCCAUGAAAAUGUGGAUAUUGGCACAGUGUACCAGAUUUUUGCAGAUGAGGUUCUGGGAUCUGGGCAGUUUGGAGUGGUUUAUGGAGGAAAGCACAGGAAAACGGGGAGAGAUGUUGCUGUCAAGGUCAUCGACAAACUUCGCUUUCCCACCAAACAGGAGAGUCAGCUGAGGAACGAGGUGGCCAUCCUGCAGAGUUUACGUCACCUGGGCAUCGUGAACCUGGAGUGUAUGUUCGAGACCCCGGAGAAAGUGUUUGUGGUGAUGGAGAAGCUGCACGGUGACAUGCUGGAGAUGAUCCUGUCCAGUGAGAAAGGCAGGCUGCCUGAGAGGCUCACCAAGUUCCUCAUCACCCAGAUUCUUGCAGCUCUGAGGCAUCUUCACUUCAAAAACAUCGUGCACUGUGACCUGAAACCCGAGAAUGUGCUGCUCGCCUCUGCUGAUCCCUUCCCACAGGUGAAACUCUGCGACUUUGGCUUCGCCCGGAUCAUCGGGGAGAAGUCCUUCCGUCGCUCGGUGGUCGGCACCCCCGCCUAUCUGGCCCCGGAGGUCCUGCUGAACCAGGGCUACAACCGCUCGCUGGACAUGUGGUCAGUCGGGGUCAUCAUGUAUGUCAGCCUCAGCGGGACGUUCCCUUUCAAUGAGGACGAAGAUAUUAACGACCAGAUCCACAACGCAGCCUUCAUGUACCCACCCAACCCCUGGAAGCAGAUCUCCAGCGAUGCGAUCGACUUGAUCAACAACCUGCUACAAGUCAUGAUGAGGAAACGUUACAGCGUAGACAAAAGUCUCAGCCACUCGUAUUUACAGGACUACCAGACGUGGCUGGACCUGCGGGAGCUGGAGACCAAGCUCGGCGAGCGUUACAUCACCCACGAGAGCGACGACAGCCGCUGGCAGACGUUCGCCCGCGAACACACCCUGCCGUAUCCCGCUCACCUCGUGCCGCCUCCUCCGGCCCCGGGCUCCGACGAGGAGGACGGCGGGGAGGACGCAGACGUGCAGGGCCUCACAGAGAGAGUCAGCAUCCUCUGACACACACACAUCAAGGACUCCUGUUCAUGAAGAAAGGACAAGGGAGAGGGGGGGGGGGCAUGAGAUGGGAAGACUUGUGUACGGUUUGAACAGACAUGAAUUUACAAAGAAUUCUGAGAGGAGAAUGUCCAGCUGUGGGGACUGAUGGAGCACAUACGCCGUGCACCAGAAAACUCUCCUGUCUCUUCUUCAGCUCAAGUAUCGUUUCCCUUUCGCCGGUUCCCACUGAACCCUUGAAACGUUGACUUGUUUCCAUGAGAAUACCCGCUCGACUCAGUUUCACAUCCUGUGUUCGACCGAGCCAACGAGUCUUUGAAGAAUAAACUGGAGUCAAACUGUAAAUCGAAAUUUUUUUGCGGGGAUGAGAAGCAGCGUGGUCCUCUCCUCACGCACCGAGGUGCCUCCGAGUGAAGCAGGAAAUAACACUUCGCCACAGCAAAGAUGAGAAGUCUGCGUGAGAGUGUUUUCAGGUCAUUUCUUCAGAGAAAACAAAGUUAAACUGAGAUAAAACUGGGUAGAAAGUCAAUUUUUGAUUUUAAUCUUUUUUCAUUUGAACUGUGCAGAGUUUACAGUCUUUUUCGUUUGGAAUAUUUUCAGUGAUGACUGUGCUGGUCAUUACUAAAGUAAAUGGCACCGACAAACCCAUCUGUGUUCACUAAAUGCAUUUCUAAAAAUCCACCUCCCGAGGGAAAACUGGAAGUAUUGAUCCGGCGAAAGCGAAUAUUCUCCAGUAAUUAGCCUACCAGUACAUUUGAGCCACGGCGGCAUCUCUGAGAAUAUGUAAUUACAGAUGCCAUUGUGGUUUGAAAUGAACAGGAAUGGGUCUAUAGCCUGCCAUAAGCAACAGUUCCGACGUGACACACCUCAACCUGCAGCUGACAAAUUACAGCAGAUAAGGCUCAGUUGCUGAGUGGUGGAAAUUGCUUUCAUUGUGUUGUCACCCACUCUCACUCAUCGCUGGAGUCUGAAAUGAUGAAUAGCUCGUUUUCACAGCUGGCUGCACUUAGGUUUUAUGUGCUAUUAUUGAGCAGAUAGAUUGGCAAACCUUUUCAAGUGAGCUCAGAAUUCUUGACGUGAAUGAAGGCGCAUUGACGGACGGCUUGGGUUCCGAAUGUUUAUGUUUCUGUAGUUCAGUACUCGGCUACCUUUCACGUCCGUAUGUUGCAUGUUUCUGUGACGUAGACGUAUUUAGAUUCACCACUGAACAUCCCAUAGUUACGAUAGUCUAUUACGCAAAUGUGUAACCUGAAGUGUAUGUAUGUCCGAUGUGUGUCUAGACUGUGUACGAUGUGAAGAACGAUUUUGGUCUUUAUAACAUAAUACAAACCUCCGACAAAACUCUGGCUGUUUUUGGAAGUUUUAUUUUCCAUUUACAACGACAAAUGUCUUUGUUUCCAGGUUC